AUGACUGCUAACGGCGCCAAAACCAUGGAGCUGAAGGCUCAGAUUCAGCAAUAUCUAGUAGAAUCUGGAAAUUACGAAUUAAUUUCAAACAAGCUGAGCCGCAAACUGCUUGAAGAGGGAUGGACUGACCAAGUCAAGCGGAUGACGUCUGAAGAGAUCCGUGCUGAUGACUCCGCAAGUUUUACGCAGAUCCUAUCCAAGGUUGAGCCCAAGGCUUUAGGAAUGGUCUCAGACUCCACGAAAGACGAAAUUCUGUCCCAGAUCCGGAACUUUCUGUCUGAAAUUGUCGAAACUGAGUGA